CCAAUUUCGUAAAUCUUUAAUAGAAUCCACUGUUAAUUCAAGUAGAAAAGAGAUGAUGAGUAUACUCGGAGUUAUUACAUAUAUCCUAAUCACGAUUCUCGUGUUGCUUUUGAUAGUAUAUAUUGUAUGCAAGAGUCUAUUGAUUGUUGUUCACCAGACGGAGUCUGUGGUAGUGGAGAGUUUUGGUCGUUUCAAACGAAUUUUGGGUCCUGGAAUUCACUGUUUGAUUCCGAUUAUCGAGACACCUCGUCCAUUCACAUGGGUUGAGACGGUGAUGAGAAAUGGCAGUAUUUCGGAGCUUUCGUUUUCGAAUGCUCGUGUUGAUACCCGUGAAACAUUAUUCAGUUUUUCGCGUCAAGAAGUGUAUACGAAAGAUACAAUUUUACUGGAUGUGAACUCUUUGAUGUACUACAAGAUUGUGGAUGUGAAGAAGGCUGUGUAUGAAGUAGAUGAUUUGCAUGGAGCGAUUGUGAACGUUGCUCAGACCCAACUGAAAGAAGUAUUUGGUCGCAUGACUUUCCAGGAAUGUAUGACAAGUCAAGAUCAAAUCAACGAAUACAUGCGUGAAGCGUUUUCGUCGCGGUUCUUGACGUGGGGAAUCGAGGUUGAGCGUAUGGAAUUGCUGGACAUCGAGCCGCGUCAGACGGUAGUGGACUCGAUGAAGACGCAAAUGAUCGCUGAGCGCGUGCGUCGCAGCCAGUUCAUCGAAGCGGAGGGGAAGAAGACGGCGACGCGAAUUCGUUCGGAGGGAACGAAGGUGGUGAAGCAGAACGAGGGUCUUGCUCAGCAAGAAACGACGCGCAAGAUUUCGGAGGGCGAAGCGGAGGGCCGAAUCGAGCUGGCGCGCGCGGAAAGCCAGAGUUUGGAGCUGGUGCGAUCGGCGCUGCAGAUGUACAGCAACAGCCAAGCGAAGUACAUGCUGGCGAUGCGGUACCUGGAGCUGCUGAACACGGUGGGAUACGUGUGUCAGAACAAAACGAUCUAUCUGCCGUACGAAUCGGACGCGCUGAGCGGAAGCAUCGCGGGUCUGCGGGCGAUUUACGGAAGAGAGAAGAAGGCGUCGAGACGCAGAAAAGAGCUGAUUGAGAAAGAGAGCGAGACGAGUGACACGGAGGAACAAGAACAAGAAGAGAAGAAGAAGGAGAAGAGAAAUGAAGGUGCGCGUGGCGUGGGAGCGGGUAACGGAGCGAUGGAAGACGUGAGAAUGGUGGAUGUGCGAGCGACGCCGAUGGGAACGGUUCCGAACUUUGACGAUCUGAAUUGAGGAAAGAAAGAAGGAAAGAAUGGAGAGAGAAUGUGCGAAUUGAGAAAUAGAACGAA